AUGGGCAUUGAAAAUCUAGACCCCAAAGACCUACUUCUUUUCGACCAAACCUAUUUGGAACGUCUUCCUCUGCGCCAGUCUCUUCUGCGCGAACAUCCUGAGGAUGUGAUUGGAAUCACCGACUCUUCAAAUGAACGAAUUCGACUUGCCGUGCAGGAGCUAUACAACUACCUUUUCCAAACAUAUCUACCCUCCCGCUACCCUUCGCAAUUUAGACUGUGCAGUGAGAGAGGCAGUCAUUUGGUUGAGAACACGGUGACGCAUCAGACCAUAGCAGUGAAAAUGGACGACUCAACCACUCUCCGCAAAGCUCUGUCAUUAAUCGCCGAAAAUAUCGACGAAGACUUCUUCAUUCUUUUGCCGCAUGAGCAAGAUAACGAGCACGGCCCACAAGAAGUAUACAUCCUCGAAGCAUAUGCAGCAUGUUUCCCAUCAGGCUUCAAACCCAGAGACAAGAUUGGCAAAAGGUUAGCUGAUAUCCAUGCCCCCGUCCCGGGAUAUAAAGAGAAACUGGAGAAAAGCAUGGAUCGUUUCUUUGCUAGGCUGGAAACGGGAAGACUGGUGAAGCGAAUCAAUUGGAGCUUGACUGUGGAUGAGGAGUUGCACUCCAAUUUUGGCAAAGGCGGCAUUGCUCUAGAAGGAAAGCUGGAGCACUUGAGUCUAGAAUAUCUAGAUUUGGACAAGACGUUCGUUCGUUGUGAGCGACAGACGCUGCAUCGCCUACCACAGUCAAAAGCCAUCGUUUUCGCAUUUCAUACUUAUUUGUAUCCCAUUCGAGAUGUCAAGGCUGCGGGAUGCGGAGAAGAUCUUGCCGCUGCUAUUGAUGGAUUGCAGAAUUCGAAGAUUCCCAGAAUUUUCACUUACAAGAAUGGAGACAAGUGGGCAGACGCAGUGAGACAAUUUCUUCGAAAUUGA